AUGGGAGACCUGCUGGAGCGACUGAUUUUCCUGGUGAUUGGACUCGCUUGGGCCUGGCUGUGGUGCAUCACUAUUGUGGUUCGUCUGAUUCUAACUGGCCCAAAGAAGCUCUUCUAUAAGAAGGUGUCCACAGCACCCCCAGCAAGGUUGUCUGACCCUGCUUAUGGACAGCACAACUUCAUCAACAUUGGGCCAAUCAAAUUACAUUAUGUUGCCAGUGGACCCAGUGAGGCACCUCUUAUGUUACUGUUGCAUGGAUUCCCAGAAAUAUGGUACUCCUGGCGCUACCAGAUCAAGGAGUUCCAGAAGGACUUCCGAGUGGUAGCAGUCGACAUGAGGGGCUAUGGUGAGUCAGACAGACCUCAGGGAGUUCAGCAGUACCGGAUGCCACUUCUUGUUGAGGAUGUUCGCCUGCUCAUUGAGGCUCUGGGUUUCAAGUCAUGUGUCUUGGUAUCACAUGACUGGGGCGGGGCUGUGGCCUAUGCCUUUGCUGCAGCUCACCCAGAAAUGGUGGAGAGGCUCGUGGUCAUGAACAUCCCUCCUGUGGGCAUCUGGCGAGAUGGUUUCACCGACCCCAGUAAACCAGUCCAGUUUCUGGCUUCUGGGUAUAUUUAUGAGUUCCUGCUGCCGUAUUUCCCAGAAUUCCAUGCUAGCCUCGAGGAUUUGAAGUUCUUGGAAAUGGCCUACAUUGGCAAGAAGUUUGGGGUUCGCUCUGGUCUGAUGACGGAAGAGGAUGUGGAAUGUUACAAGUAUUAUUUUAGACAACCAGGGGCCAUGACUGCUGGUAUUAACUACUAUCGGGCCAACCUUGGAGUUCCUCCGUAUCGCCACCCACUCAAGUACCCUAUGCCAGUUAAAAUUAUCUGGGGCUGCCAGGAUUCUGCAGUGACCUUGACCCUGCUUGAGGACACCAUCAAGGCCAUCCCCCACGCUGACGUGACUAGAAUCGAGGAGUCCAGCCACUGGGUGCAGAUGGACCAGCCAGAGAAAGUGUGUCAGAGUAUCCGACAGUUUCUCCAGGCAACUGGUUACAACGCUUCCAAAUGA